UACUGGGAACUAGUUGAAGUGGAAGUGGGCAAUGAGCCUGUGUCACUGAGCAGCCAGCACUCUGCACUCACUGGGCUCCAUAGAGGAGCAGACUGUCUCCCCCAACAUGGUGUCCCCCAGCGCCUGUGCCCAGAAGCUCCUGUCUUUCUUCCCAUUCCUGCUGGUCCUCUUAGAUCUGCAAUAUGAAGGAGUGGAAUGUGGUAUAAAUGCAGACGUUGACAAGCAUCUAGAAAUGGGAAAGAAACUUUUAGCAGCUGGACAGCUCGCCGAUGCCCUAUCGCACUUCCAUUCCGCUAUAGACGGAGACCCAGAUAACUACCAGGCAUACUACAGGAGAGCCACAGCAUUUCUAGCCAUGGGCAAGUCUAAAGCUGCCAUUCCUGAUUUAAGUCGAGUGAUUGAACUGAAACCAGACUUCACAUCAGCAAGACUUCAGAGAGGACAGUUGCUGUUAAAACAAGGAAAAUUGGACGAGGCAGAAGAGGACUUUAAGAAAGUGCUGAAAUCCAGUCCCAGUGAACAAGAAGAGAAGGAAGCCAACUCUCAGCUGCUGAAAUCUGAUGAAAUUCAGCGGAUGCGAACACAAGGUGUGAAUGCCUUUAACCAGGGCGACUAUGCGACCGCAGAAACCUUUCUCAAUUUUGUCCUAGAGACCUGUGCGUGGGAUGCAGAGAUUAGAGAGCUUCGGGCUGAAUGCUUCAUAAAUCAAGGAGAGCCGGGGAAAGCGAUCAGUGAUCUUAAAGCUGCCUCAAAACUCAAGAAUGAUAACACUGGGGCUUACUAUAAAGUCAGCAAUAUCUACUACCAGCUGGGAGACCACGAGAUGUCACUGAGUGAAAUCCGUGAGUGCUUAAAGCUCGAUCCUGAUCAUAAAGACUGCUUUUCUCAUUAUAAACAAGUGAAAAAGCUAAGCAGACAAAUUCAGAGUGCUGAAGAAUUCAUACAAGAAGGGAGGUAUGAAGAUGCCAUUAGCAAGUAUCAGGGCGUUUUAAAAACGGAGCCAAAUGUUCCGUACUAUUCUGCACUGGUCCAGGAGCGAACCUGCCAUUGUUAUUCUAAGAACCAGCAGUCUUCUGAAGCCAUUAAAGUAUGUACAGAAUAUCUACAGAAAGAACCCAUCAAUAUCAAUGCAUUGAAGGACAGAGCUGAAGCAUAUAUUCUAGAAGAGAUGUAUGAAGAAGCUAUUCGGGAUUACGAAACUGCUCAACAGAACAGUGAGAAUGACAAGCAAAUUAAAGAAGGUCUGGAAAAAGCACAGAGGCUUUUAAAGCAGUCUCAAAAACGGGAUUAUUACAAGAUAUUAGGAGUGAAAAGGAAUGCCAAGAAGCAAGAAAUCAUAAAAGCUUAUAGAAAGCUGGCACAGCAGUGGCACCCUGAUAACUUCCAAAAUGAAGAAGAGAAGAAGAGAGCGGAGAAAAAAUUCAUUGACAUUGCGUCUGCUAAGGAAGUCUUAACAGAUCCAGAAAAGAGGAGUCGUUUUGAUGCAGGAGAAGAUCCUUUGGACCCAGAAAGCCAGCAAGGUGGAGGAGGAUCCCAUUUUCAUCGAGGAUGGAACCAGUGGCAAGGAUUCAAUCCAUUCGGUUCAGGAGGGGCCUUUAACUUCAAGUUCCACUACAACUAGAUUUACGUGACGUUACACAGACCUGCACCUUUUACAAGUGAAAAUGUUGUGUUAUGAUCCUGUAAUGGAGGUUUCCAUCUGGACACUUACUGGAGGUUCUGCUGUGUCCGUUUCCAAAACAUGCAAGAAUGGGGAAAAGCAAAACAAAAACACAGAACUUUGCAUUUUUUUUCCUGACUAUGGACGACCAGUUUAAAUUAUUAAUAUUUUCCUUCUGAAAAUUUCUACAAUGAUAGACUCUCUAUCCUUACUCCUCCCCUCUUGCUUUUAAUUUUGCAAGGACGUGUAAAUGCAAAACAGAAGUUUACAGAAGCCUUAAUCCACAAUGGGUUAAUUGUGCACCAAAUAUGUAUUGACUUUAUUGCGUUGGUAAGUGCCAAGGUGUUUAAGUUGACAUGUACAUGCAAAGGAACAUGAAUUAUAAAUUAAAGUAUUUUUCAAAACAG